AUGGUGAUGAUGAUCCUAUUCGCAAAUACAUUGGUAAAUGGUCAAAACAAUUGCAAAACAGACAUCUACUCGAUUCCAUAUACUUCCUUUGUCAGCAAAGUGGUGGUUAAUAAGGACAAGGAUUUGCAAUACAAAGUUCAUGUGAUCAAGAAAGAGGCUUCUCAUGGACGAUCAGCGGAUCAAACUCCGAUGGUAGAGGUUCAAGUUUCCUAUGAUCCCUCCUUACCGAAUGGUGGUGUGGGCUACGUGGGUUACAAACUAGAUUUUGUGAGUGGUGUCAUGUCGCUUCAACUGCAAAAAGCCAACCAAUCGAAUUCGACUCCACUCGCAUCGGGAAGUGUUCCAAUCCAUCCAAGCUUGUCCUUCAACAAUAAUUCUACUACUCGACCUAAACCCUCCAAAUCAAAGCUCGUCUCAGCUGCAUCUUCAGUGAUGAGAGAAGGUGGAAAAAUGUUCUGGUUGUUUGUGAUCGUGUUUCUCUCGAGUGGAAUGUACAUGUUAUUAGCGAAAUUUAAUAACCCAAUCUAUCCAACUUUGACUCUCACUUUGUUUGUUUUGGCAUUGUCUGUGAUCUUGACGAGCUUCUCACAUGCAGAUAGAGAUGAGUUUACAGAAAUCAAAAAUGGUAAACUGGUGUGUGCCAUUCCAACCAUCACUGUUCUAAUGCCACAAAUAUUUGAAUUUGAUGUCAAUCAAGAAGAUCCCUCAUUGUCUCCACAAUUCAAGACUGAAGUUAGUUUUUCGCCACAGCAAUACACAACCUCAUUUCAAAAUGGCCGAGAUGGAUAUAACGAUGAAGAAGCCAUAACUAUCUCCACCAUGUAUAUUGACACUUGGAAUGAAAUGAAUGGCCAAACAUUCUAUGAGGAUGAUGUUGUAUUUGUAGGUCACAAUUCACAAUAUGAAUCUCGUGUGCUGAUGCGAUUCUCAAAAUUGCAAGGCAGACUCCCUCAAGGAGCUGUGGUGAGCUCAGCUUCUCUUGAUUUAACAUAUAUUGCAUGGGUGAAAGGGUGUAAAAUUCAAGUGAAUUAUCUCAACACUUCAUGGAUGGUGGCCCAAAAAACUGGAUGGAGAUUUAAAAACUAUGCAAAACGAGAAGAGUGGAGCUCCCCAGGAGCUGCUGGAGAUACUGUGUCUGAUUCAUAUUCGAGAAUGGAAAAUCCGAUGAGUGAUAUUGGAAAUCAAAUCAAAUCAAUUGCUCUUGAUCCUUAUAUUGUCCAAAAAUGGUUUGAUAAUAAUACGGAAAACUAUGGCGUCUUGUUGAGAGAGGUCCCUGGAACUUUUGUUAGACCAACCAUAUUUGGUGGAAAUUCAUCCAUCGCCUACCGACCCAGAUUGACAGUGACCUAUCAAUUUCAACCAAUGAAACCACCUCAAUAUCCUAUGGUGUUAAAAGAGAUCCCCGUUAAAUUCUUUGUUCAAUCGAACACUUCUAAUUGUAAUGUCACGGCAUGUGGAAAUGAUGACACAGGCUCUGGAACUAUUACUGCACCAUUCCGCUCUGUUGCUAAGGCCUUAACUUUAGCACAAAAUGGUGAUAUCAUUUUACUGAGAGAAGGGGUUCAUGCAGGUGGUUUAACUAUUGAUCGAGAAAAUAUCACAAUUCAAGCGUAUGGCUUGGAAAAAGCUGUAAUUGCAAGUCCUGUCAACAACCCUCAACAAGCCAUUAACAUUUUCUUGAGGAGAGGUUCUUCUGGAAGCGUAUUAAGAAAUUUAGAACUCAUUGGAGGAUUUGAUUACAAUAUUAGAAUAGAGUCAUCAAUCGAUUGGGGAGGUAACAAUGCAAAAUUUGGAGCUUCUAAUAUUGUUAUUGAGAGAUGUAAAAUUCAUGACAGUGGAUAUCACUUGAUCAAGAUAGACUCUCUUUGUAACAAUAUUAUCAUUCGUAAUAGUGAACUGUACAACAGUGGAGUACGUGUGAGAACUGGAGGCUCAGCAAUUGUUCUCUAUGACACCUAUUUGACACGAAUUCAAGAUAACAUGAUACAUGAUACCAUGGGGUCAGCGAUCAUGAUAAAAUCUGGUGCUAGAAAUUCAAUUGUGGAAAGAAAUUAUAUUUUGAAUAGUUACGGAGCUGGUGUGUUGGUCGGAUUCUAUGAAACAAGCGAAUACUUUUCUGAUCCUACUCAAAACCCACUUUACUACCAAGCUAUCGAUUCCAUUGUUAGAAAUAAUAUCAUUGCCAACACUUCAGGAGCUGGUAUUGGGUUAUACUCUGCUAAAAACCCACAAAUUGUUUUUAACACAAUUUGGGCAGCAGCAAAAGACAAUCAAGCAGCAAUUCUCAUCAAUUUAGUACAAACAUGGGUAUCUAAUUCCUAUUCACCAAUUACUCCUUGUAUGAAUGUCACAAUUUCUAACAAUGUUAUUGCUACAGCAACAGAUAGAAUUAUUGAAAUUCGAACACUGACAAGUUAUGUCGACGAUUCCAUCGUUGGUGGUCUUGAAGGACAAUCUCUCAAUGUAUCUUACAACAGGUAUUACUCUCUUCAUCUUGGAAGCAGUGGUGGAGUUUUUUCUGAUCAGAGAAACACCAUUGGUUAUGUGGGAGGCUUUUCAGGAUGGCAAUUUAAAUACAAUGAUAUUGGAAGUAGUGAAGGGAAUCCACUCAUCGAUACGGUUGCCUUUUAUCCUCAAUACUCAUCCCCUCUCAUCUAUAAUGGUGUUGAAAUUCCUGGGAUCAUCUCUGAUUAUUUUGGAAGACCCAUGAUCAAGGGGAAAAUAUCGAUUGGAGCUUUACAAUUCAUGAAUGAUGGUUUUAGUGACGAUCCAACCAUGAAAUAUUGCAUCACAAACAUUAUUUACAGAGAACCUUAUCGCGGUUUUGCUCCCCCAAAGGACAUGUUACCUACAUGGACCCCACCAACCACGUAUCGAGUGAUUUAUGUUUCUCCGACAGGAAGCGACUCCACAGGAAAUGGAACGAUUGAAAAUCCUUACAAAACAAUUCGUAAGGUGACUGAUGUUGUUUUCAUGAAAGACAAUGAUAUUAUCAUUUUAAGAGGAGGUACUUACAACGAGGGAGGAAUCACAAUUUCAUCCAACAAUGUGACCAUUAAGGCAUUUGCAAACGAAGUGCCAGUCAUCACAAGUCCAAUGAAUGAUGCUACUCAAAUGAAUAUCUUUAAGAUUUACUCCAAAUUUGUCACUUUAGAGGGUCUGGAAAUAAUUGGAGGCUUUUAUUAUGGUGUCAUGGUUGAACUAUCCGAUGUGGUGAUUUACAAAUCACGAAUUCAUCACACAGGUUCCGAUUGUAUCAAGCUGUCUCCCUUCUCCAAACGAAUAACCAUUUCAAAGAGUGAAAUUUACAGUUGUGGUAAAAGAACAACCUACCAACAAGGAAAUCCAAACCAAGGUGCUGCCUCUACCGAUGCCAUUCGAGCGGUUAAUGUUGAUGAUUUAGUGGUUUCAAAAAAUUAUAUUCACGAUAUUACUGGAAGUGCUGUCAAAACGCAAGGAGGAGGGCAAAGAGCUCUCAUUGAGAGAAAUUUAAUUCUCAAUGUUCAAGGAUUGGGGAUUACAGUUGGAUUUUACGAAGAAACUCAAUAUAUGGAUCCAACUCAAAAUCCAGACUACUACGAAGCCAUUGAUGCUGUUGUAAAGAAUAACAUUAUGGUCAAUGUUCAGGGCGCUGGUAUUGGUUUGUAUGCUUCUAAAAACAGUAAGGUCCUUCACAACACUUUGGUAAAUGUAGCCCUCUCGAUGCAAGUACCAAUCUUAAUUGUUGCAAGCUCUCAUACCAUGAAUUCUGUGCAGUCGAGAGGUCAGUCGAAUCAUGCUCCUGUCAUCCUUAAUAAUAUUAUUCAACUCUCUGAAGCUGGAAUUUCUCAAUUAAUUUAUGAAGUGAGAGUUCAAGAUGGAGAUGGGCUUGACAAUUCUCAACUGUUAUCCAACUUCAACAUGUAUUUCAGCAAUUACAAUAAUUACCAUGGAAAUUCUCAAGCUUCUAUUGGCUUUCUUGACAGAAGAUUAUCAUCCUUCAUUGCCACGUCCGAUUUAGAUUCAUGGAGAGAACAUAUCCAUGGUGACUACAACUCUUCCAUUACAGAUCCAUUCCUUGAUUCCAAUUUGAAGAUUAGUUCUAAUAGCCCCGCUCGAGGAAGUGCAUGGUACUUGCCAGAGGUGACAGAAGAUUUUUAUGGAAAUGUAAGAACGCCACUCAGCAAUGAUAUCGGAGCAUUGAUGUAUUCAACAGACAUGGCCAAUUCAUCAACCUCUGCAUUUCCUCCUCCAUUAUCUAGCAUUAUUCAAACCACCUCGUCGAAUCAGUGUACCAAUUACUCGUUUACAAAUCCUGGUACAUUCUACGUGGAUAAUGUCAAUGGAAGAGAUGGAGACUGCAUGGGAACCUUCUCGAAUCCUUUCAAAACCAUUAAUCAAGCCUUAACUGUUGCACCUCCGGGUUCAAAUAUUACUCUUCGAUAUACUGGUGUUUCGUAUAAUGAAAGUCUUUCUGUUCGUACCCCUGCAUUAAGAAUUUCCACUUAUGAGAAUGAUCCGAAAGAAGCUUUAAUUGUUUCAUCCAUUUAUAACUCAUUCAUUCUUCAUACGAUUCGAUUUGAAUCGACUGCCAUUGGAGGUUCUCUAGAAAGACUUGAAAUUCAAGGAGGAUUCUUCUACACAGUGAAAAUUGAUGCACACCAAGUGAGAGUGAAAAAUUGUAUCAUUCACAAUUGUGGUACCAAAUGUGUAUUCGUUUUGAAAGCCAAUAACGUGACUCUUACCUCAAGUGAAGUCUAUGACUCGGGAUCAAGACUUCCAGCAGAAGGUGAAGGAGUGCAUGCCUUGGCUUCCCACCAAUUCACAUGUUCUGAUAAUUACAUUCAUGAUAUUGCUGCGGAUGGAGUCAAAAUUGAGGGAGGAUGUAGGGAGAGCUCUAUUGAAAGAAAUGCAAUUUCUAAUGCAGAUCGAGGAAUUUUAGUAGGAGGAAGAACGGAUGCCAUUCAUUUGUUUGAUGCCACUAAUUCUGAGCUAUUCGAAAGUAUUGAUGCUGUUGUGAGUAAUAACAUCUUAAUGUCUCUGUUUGGCGUGGGAAUUGGAGUGUAUGGCUCAAAGAAUGCACUUGUGAUUCACAAUACCAUUGUGGAUGCAUCACAAUCGAAUCAAAGACGUUCUCAUCUCCAUUGUUUAGAAUUGAUGAAGGGUUCACCUACGAAUGCGUCCGUUACUGGCAGUUCCAUCACAAUUAACAAUAAUUUGUAUUUUAACAAGAACAAGACUGGUGUCUUUCAGGAUGGAAGGAAAAACACUGCAUUCGUUGCAGGUUUGGCAACUUGGAAAAUCAAAAUUCAAUCCUAUUUUUCGGGAAAUAAUGAAGCAAACAGUGUAGAAGGAGACCCUCAGCUCAAUGCACAAAAUUUGUCACCAUCUUUAAGUUCAAUUGCUACCCAUGCAGGCCGAUCUUCAUUUAUUGAUGUAGAUUUUUAUGGACAUGUAAGAAAUCCAAGCUCCAUCGACAUUGGUGCUGUCAUUUCCACUAACAACGGUGUGCCUUUAUCAAAGACUUCUCCUCGAACUCUGCCUUUUAAUAUUUCACAAAUUGCAAUCGUAAAGAGUUCUUCCGUUCGAUAUCCUCCAACAGGAAAUCAAAAAACCUGGUCAGUUCCUGGAUACACAACCGACGACUCUGCUGUGUUUGAUCUUUCUUCAUGUCCAAUAUUCCUUCCUGACCAUCCAUUUAAUCAGGACAUUUCCAAUCUACCAGUUCAUCCUCGAUCGGAUGCGUUCAUUAACAAUGUUGCAAGAAAGUAUUUACAUGCUGAUUUUGGAACGACCUACAAUGGAGCCCUUAAUGGAAUUCCUUAUGUGAUUGUGACAAAAGAUCAACCUAAAGUUGAAAUUCAAAUGACAUCCUAUGCAUCAGAAAGCGACGUUGGUCCUUAUCCUUUCCCUGAGGGUGCGCCAAUUGAGGGUGGUCCAAAUUCAAAUGGAGAUCGUCACAUCCUUGCAGUUGAUAAGGAUAAUUGCAAACUUUAUGAAACAUGGAGAACAUUCAUCAUUGAUAAGCAAUAUCGUGACACCACUGGAGGUGGAAAUGUCUUCACUGCCGAAAGUGGCGCCAUUUUCAAUUUGAACACAAGUAAGGCCUAUCAAAGGCCCUUAGGAUGGACGAGUGCUGAUGCAGCAGGUCUCCCAAUUUUCCCCUUGUUGGUCCGAUAUGAUGAAGUAGUUGAGAAAAAGGAAAUUAUGCAUGCCAUUCGAUUCACAGUGGUGAAAUCUCAGAAGGCCUACAUUUCCCCAGCUUCACACUUUGCCUCUUCUCUCACAGAUCCCAACCUCUUACCUAUGGGAGCAAGAAUACGAAUGAAAGCAUCCUAUGAUUGUUCGAGUUAUUCUGAGGAGGUACAAGUCAUUUGUACAGCACUGAAAAAGUAUGGUGCAAUUUUGGCUGAUAAUGGACAAGACUGGUACUUGAGUGGAGCACCACAUCCAUUGUGGAAUGACAAUCAUUUGAAUGAUAUGAAAAAGAUUCCUUCGAGUGCUUUGGAGGUUGUGUACACAGAUAAAACUUGUUUGGACGCUGCGUGCACGAGUUGGAGAGAUGAGCUACAAGGAUGA